CGAUGGCAGACAAGAACACAGAGAAGCAGGUCGGGCAUGCGGGAGAUACGCAUGAGGAGCGAGUCAGCAUUGACGAUCCGGAUGAGCGCGAGUUGGCUAGGGUAGGGAAGAAAAGUGUGCUCAGACGUAACUUCGCAUUUCUCAGUAUUCUUGGCCUGUCGUGCUCUCUCAUGAUCACUUGGGAAGGUUUAUGCUCCGUUUUCGUAUUUGGGCUCAUGGACGGCGGGCCAGCGGGCCUGAUCUACGGAUUUCUCUUCUGCUGGCUGGGUUAUGGAACUGUGGUCGCGACUAUGGGCGAGCUGGUGUCGAUAUGGCCCACGGCUGGCGGCCAGUACCACUGGACGCACAUGUUGGCACCAGACGGGCUCAAAGACGUAUUGAGCUAUGUGACUGGAUGGCAAUCUGUCAUAGCAUGGCAGGCUCUAUCGGCCUCGGGGGGGUAUCUGACAGCCUCGUCGCUGCAAGGCCUUGUGAUAAACUCACAGUCCAGAUACAAUCCUACCAGGUGGCAAGGGACGCUUCUCGUCUUUGCUAUCAUUACAUUCUGUCUUGUCGUCAACACUUGGCUUGCCAGGCUGCUACCGAGGGCGGAACAGGCCAUCCUCGUGCUGCACAUCGUUCUCUUCUUCGUUGUCUUAAUCACCUUGACGACGUUGGCUCCCCAUAAAAGCACCAGCCACGACGUGUGGGCGCUCUUUCUGAAUCAUGGCGGCUAUGAAAGCAAAGGCCUGUCAUUCUUCGUCGGCCUCAUUACCCCUGUCUUUGCCUUCACCGGAGCCGACGGCGCAGUUCACAUGUGCGAAGAAAUCCGGCAUGCAUCUACCGCCCUACCAAACGCCCUUCUAGGCUCCAUUGUCAUCAACGGCGUCACCGGCUUCGCAAUGCUCAUUGCAAUCCUCUAUUGCAUCGGUGACAUCGAAGCUGCGCUCAGCACACCCACAGGCUACCCCUUCAUCGAGAUCCUGACCCAAGGCACCUCCUCCGUGGCCGGCGGCACCGCUCUCUCCGCGCUCCUCGUCACAAUGUUCAUGCUCUGCACCAUGGGCACGGUAGCCUCCGCAUCGCGCCAACUCUGGGCGUUUGCGCGAGACAACGCGGUGCCGAAUGCGCGAAUCAUCAGCUACGUGCAUCCGACUCUGAAGAUCCCGCUCGUCAGCAUCCUGGCCACCUGUUCCAUCAGCUGUCUCCUUUCGCUUAUAAACAUCGGCAGCGCGACUGUGUUCAAUGCCAUCGUUUCGCUCACUGUCGCGGGCUUCUUUGGCAGCUAUCUCCUGCCGUUUAGCCUGCUCUUGCACACGCGCUUGAAACACCCAGGAAAGCUUGAAUUUGGGCCGUGGAGGCUGGGGACGCUGGGACCGUGGAUCAAUGCGUUUGCUAUCAUGUGGAGCGCGCUGGUCAUGUUUUUCAGCUUUUGGCCGACAAGUGUGCCCGUUGAUAAGGUGAAUAUGAAUUGGAGCUGUGUGCUUUGGACGGCGGUUGUUGCUUUUGCGGGCGUAUUUUGGGUAGUGCAUGGUAAGGGGGUGUACAAAGGGCCAAUUGUUGAAACUGGGGAGGUGGAUUUGGCGGUAGAUGCUUGA